AUGUCGUCUUCCGUUGCCGCCGUCAAAAAAGCUGUUGCGGGAUCGCCCAUGAAAAGGGCCACAACGUUCGCCAUUCUUCAACAGAUGGUUGGUCUGCUUGCGGGAAAGAACAGCAUUGGGAAAUUUAUCCAAUACCUACUCAAGUUUCUCCUCUAUUAUUCUGCAUCCUUCCAAAAUUCUUUCUUAUCAAAGAACAAAUCCAAAAUUUCUCAGCUUGAGGUGCUUUCGGUGGUCAAUUCUUUAAAGUCAGGUAACAAUAACGUUAGCGGAGCCAGCGCCGUGCUCCAACAAUGGUUAGCGCUUUUGGUUUCUAACCCCAUCUUCACCAUCAAUUACGCAAAAUACCAUGUUUUCAAAACACAAAUUGAUAGCCUUGAAGGUUGCGCUAAUGGUCUUUCGCUAUUCCGCCAAACUUUGAGAUUCGGGAAGACCCCAUUCCGGUUAACGAACUGGUGCGCUUCUAUAACCCAGCACUUGCAACAGCGAGAAUACGGGUACUUUACCACUGAUGAUUUCGCCGUCGAUACCAUUGAUUUGACUUAUGGGAUCGUCGAUGAACUAGGGUUGUUGUUCAAGUUAAAGUACUAUAAUGCCAACAAGCAACCAAGGUUCAAGAGAGUUGUAGCAAAGCUCGACGAAAUCAUCUGGAUGGCCGAUAUCGUUUAUCAAUUGAAGAUGCAAUGGCAAAAAUUGCAAAAAUUGAAGGCAAUUAAGUAUGAUCUUGUUAGCAAAGGCCCCGAAGAUGAAAAGAUUUCUGUGGAUGUAUACGUCCAGAAAGUCAACCAAGUCAAUCACGAUAUUGAAGUAACUCAAUUGGCUCUUGCUAAGUCCUGUUGUGACUUUGGAUUUGAUGCCAUAGAUUUGUUCAGUUUGGGCAUUAGUAAAUAUAUUUAUUAUUUGCUCGGCGUGGGAUCAGGGUUCUUCAAUACUGCAAAGACCUGGAAGGCCACUAAAAGAGAAUUGGAAAAAUAA